AUGGCAUUUGAGCAAUAUUUUGUGCAGGAAUGGAAAUCCAUUCCCGACUCUGAAAAGAAUUCCCCUUGCUUUGAUUGCAGUAUCUGUUUGGACUUUGUGUCUGAUCCUGUGGUUACCCUUUGUGGCCAUCUCUACUGUUGGCCCUGCAUCUACAAGUGGUUUCAAAGUGCUUCACUUGAUUCAGAUAAGCAGCUCCCUAGAUGCCCAGUUUGCAAGACCGAAAUAUCUGAAAAAACCAUGGUCCCUCUGUAUGGCCGGGGAAAAGGCCUCUCGGAAACCGAACACAAGGUCAAGAAUAUACCGCCAAGGCCACUAGCUCGUGCCAUACAAGAUUCAGAUCAUCGAAAUCCACGCAAUUUAUCCGAUCCGUAUUCGAGUAACGAAGAAGGAGAUGCUUCGUCGUCUCCAUCACAUCCCAGGAUAGGGAUGUUUGGAGAGAUGGUUUAUGCCAGAGUUUUUGGUAAUUCAGAGAGUUUAUACUGGUAUCCUAACUCGUACCACUUAGAGGGAAAUAGUACCCCUGGAUUAAGAAGGCAGCAAUUANCUAACAAAUCUCUCGGUAGAGUUUCGGUUUUCCUCUUGUGUUGUUUUCUUUUGUGCCUUGUCCUGUUCUAG